UGUUCAAAAUAUAAAUUUUAACUGUUUAUAGAAAUAAUCUAAGACAGAUCUUUGUUUUAAUAGGAUUAAGGAUAAUUUCUAAGAAUUUGAAAUACAUAAUUCAACAAAAUGUUUAUUUACAUGAGUAAAAAGAUAGCCAUCCCAAAACAGUCAAAUGUAACAUGUUUAUCAUGGAAUCAAUCUUCUGGAUACAUUGCUGUAGGUGGAGAAGAUGGAAUGUUAAAAGUUUUAAAGUUAGAAUCAGGUGGCGGAGGGAACUUAUCCAUGAACUUAAGUCUAGACGGACACUCUGGUCGCGUUUGUGUUGCUAUAUGGAAUGAAAUUUUUCAAAAACUCACAACCAGCGAUGAACAUGGUGUCAUUAUUGUUUGGAUGUUAUAUAAGGGUUCCUGGUAUGAAGAAAUGAUAAAUAAUAGGAAUAAAUCAACUGUGAGUGGAAUGGCUUGGGGAUCAGAUGGCCAAAAAAUAUGUAUAGCCUAUGAAGAUGGAGCUGUUAUUGUAGGCUCAGUUGAUGGGUCAAGAGUGUGGGGUAAAGAUAUAAAAGGACCUGGUCUCAAUGCCGUACAAUGGUCACCAGAUAACUUGACAUUAUUAUUUGCAUUAUCUAAUGGAGAAUUGCAUUUAUAUGAUGAUCAAGGAAACUUCAUUAUGCCAAUUGCUUCUAGUAGUGCUUCUAAUGGAAUGGAUAUAGUGGCAAUGGACUGGUUUUCCGGAAAGGCACCAAUUAAUAGACCUGUACUUCUGAUUUGCUACAAAAGUGGCUUGAUGUUGUUAAUGAAAACUUGCACAGAAGAGGAAAGUGUUAUGGUUGAAACGAAUAUGAAGAUAAUAGACUGUCACUGGAAUCAUAAUGGAACAGUCAUUGCUGUAGCUGGGUGCACGCAAGAUCAAGCUAAUGUUGUACAAUUCUUCAGUGCUUAUGGAGAGCAUGUCAGAACGCUCAGGGUGCCAGGAGGUGCAAUGCGAUCAUUGUCUUGGGAACAUCAUUCGCUAAGACUUGCGAUUGCUGUUGACUCGUUUAUUUACUUUGCCAAUGUGAAGCCGGAUCAUAAGUAUGCUUUCUAUGGAAAUACCCUUGCCAUUGUGUCGGGGACGGAGACUGUGACCUUUUGGGAUACAAUUACACACCAGUCUUGGAUAAAUCAUAUUCCUGAUGUCAAUGACAUGUGUGGUGUGGACGAAUAUUGUAUUAUAGCCACCUCGGAUUCAUUGAUAAUUUUGAAUCAACAAGGCAUCCAGUGUGAUGCCAAAACAAUCUCCAUUCCCAUAUCUUACGUUGCAAUAAACAGCAAAGCUAUUGCCGUAGCUGCUUCCAAGGAAACAUUUUUAAUAUGGAGGUUCUCAACACCUACUCGACCCCGUAUCACAGAACAGUUUUAUCAUCCAGAUGGGUCACCAGUAACAUCUGGAGAAGCCGGUUUCCAUGACGACACUAUUUGUUGUAUAUCAUGCUCAGACAGUCAUUUACUUAUUGGAAGGGAUUCUGGUACAAUCCUGCUCUUCUCAUUGGUUAACUUUAAAAAAAUUACACAGAUCAAUAUGAACACUAAACCUUACAAAUUGGGUUUGAAUUCUAAUUCAAGCAAGUUCUUCAUAAUCGACCAGGCUGGUUGCCUCUACAUCCUCGACACGGACAUGUCGAACAACAUCAGUAUAGGCCAGUCGAUACGUAAGGACGUGUGGAGCGCGAUCUGGGCGGCCGAUAACGCGCAAAUGUUGGCUGUCGCGGAGAAGGCAAGGUUGUAUGUGAUGCGGGAUUUGGAGCCUGAGGAACCGCUCACUAUGCAGGGAUAUUUGUGCGCUUUUAAAGAAUUAGAAAUUACUACGGCAUUACUGGAUAACAUAACAGAUAAAUGUACACCCCAACAUAUAGUUCGUGUUGAAGUAAAAUCAUUGAGAGAUACCCGACAAUUGAUUGAAAAAGUUGGGUUGAAGGAAGCAGAAAAUUUUAUCAAGGAUAAUCCCCAUCCUAAAUUAUGGCUCUUAUUAGCAGAAGCUGCACUUAAAAAUUUUGAAGCAGAAUCCGCAUUAGAGACUGCAGAAGCAGCUUUUGUAAGGAGGAAUGAUUAUGCUGGUAUUCGAUUCGUGUCUAGGCUGAACGCAUUGCAUUCUAACGCGCUUAAGAGAGCCGAAAUUCUCGCGUAUUUCAAAGAUUUUGAUGGAGCCGAGAAAAUAUAUCACAAUGAGGACAGGCGAGAUUUAGCGAUUGCGUUACGAAAACGACUAGGACAUUGGUUUCGCGUUGUCGAAUUAUUGAAAAUGUCCGUUACUACGACUGAGUCUCAAGUGAAGCAAGUGUACAAUAAUAUAGGGGAUUACUAUAUUGAUCGACAAAACUGGGCUGGAGCGAUUGAAUAUUACAAUAUGUCGAAUAAUACGGAGGGGCUAAAAAAGUGUUAUAUGGCAAUGGAGGACAGUGCAUCAUUGGCUAAGCUUUGCAUAACAUCACCUAGAUCGGCGAAGCAGACUGACCCCAGCAUAGCAAAACAAAAUAUUUUAGAGGAAAGAAUAGAUAUAAAUCACGAGCCAUCUAUAUUACGUAUCACACAAUUAAAAGAGAGUGGCAGAAUGUUACAGGCUGCGGCUAUGGCCUUCCAGUUGGCCAAUAUUGAAGCUUCUAGAAAUAGCUCACCAUGGAAGAUUAAGAAGCUCUAUGUUCUUGCUGGACAUAUGUAUAGCCAUAGUUCCGUGGAGGGCGCCAAGAGCCGCGACGCAAUCCGCAGCUACCGUCUAGCGAGCGCGCAGCACUGGGCGUGUCUCGCGGUGUCGCGCGCGCGCGGCCAGCCGUUCCGUGCGGACGCGGCCUUGCGUGCAGCCGCACGGCUCGCCGCUGUGCUGCACGACUUGCACGAAGCGCAGCACUUGCAGGCAUGGUGCACUAUUGCAGCGAUAGCUCUACAAGCUAGAGCAUUUGAUUUGUGCUCAAAGGCAUUUAUAAAAUUGGAAGCUCUUGAACCUCAGACAUUUGAAAACUUAGCAAUUGAAAUUUUUACGAGGUCGAGGCCUAAGGACGCUAAAGGCAAUAAAGUGGAGUGUCCCAAUUGCCAAUUUGGCAUGCAAGAUUGGAUGGUUGUGUGUCCUGGAUGUGCUACCGAGUUUCCAGGAUGUGCUGUAACAGGGCGCACGUUACUUGCGCCGCAUACUGUAUGGACAUGUGCAAAAUGUGAUGCUAAGGCCCAGCAACAUGAACUUGUACUCAGGCAUUCUUGUCCAACAUGCCAUACUCAAUUAACAUAAAUAAACAAAUAAAAUAAGCAAAA